CCGGAAAGGGUAAUGACACUGCAGGUCCGACAUGUAAAGUCAACCACACAAUAGUAGGUGUGGAAGUUGAUGCAAUGGCAUUGAGCCCACGAUGAUAAAUCCAAAAUCUCCAUGCCAUCCCUUUGACACGGUGGGGGAGGGGAGGUGCAAAGUGGAUGACAGUAGAGUUCAUCCCGAAGGCGGUGGGAGGGUUCGAGGGCAUCAAUGAUACGUACCUAGCCCCGAAGUACCUAGGCCAGACCAGUCCAAUGUCUGAUUCGGCAGAGGCUCGGCCCCCAGCCAAUCCCCAGAAGGAUGCUGCUGCUGAAGAGAAGCAGCUGAAUGUGCCAGCCAAGAAGGGCCGCCGCUUCUGGGCCAUUUUCCCUGCCCUGAUGCUCACCUCGAUGCUGGCCGCCGUCGAGUCCACCGUCACCUCGACUGCGCUCCCCUUCAUCGUCCACGAGCUCGACGCUGGCGACCUCUACAUCUGGUUCGUGAACGCCUACUUCCUGACCAGCGCCGCCUUCCUCCCCCUCACAGGCCAGCUAUCCGACAUCUUUGGUCGACGAUGGGUCUUCAUCAGCGUCGUCGCCAUCUUCACCCUCGGCAGCGGAAUAUCGGGCGGCGCCACGAGCACCAUGAUGUUGGUCGUCGGCCGGGCAGUCCAGGGCAUCGGAGGAGGCGGCAUCAACCUCUUCAUCGAGCUGGUCAUCAGCGACCUGGUCCCCCUGCGGGAGAGGGGCUACUACAUCAGCCUCCUCUUCGCCGUCUUCACCCUGGGGACAGCUAUUGGGCCCUUCGUCGGCGGGAUACUCGUUGAGCGCUCCUCGUGGCGCUGGGUGUUCUACAUCAACCUGCCCAUCGGCGGCGCCUCCCUCGUGCUCCUCAUUCUCUUCCUCCGCGUCAACUACGACCGCUCCACCUCGCUGCAGACACGACUGAAGCGCAUCGACUACGUCGGCAACGCCAUCCUGAUCGGGGCCGUGACGUCGGUGCUCAUCGCCCUCUCGUGGGCGGGCACCCGCUAUCCCUGGUCCGACUUCCACAUCCUCGUCCCGCUGAUCCUGGGCAUCGCGGGCCUCGUGCUCUUCCACGUCUACGAGAUGGCCCCCUGGGUCGUGCAGCCGACGCUUCCCGAGCAGAUCUUCAAGAAGCGCACCCCGGCCGCGGCCCUCGUCAUCGCCUUCAUCAACUUCAUGCUCCUCUUCUGGGCCAUCUACUUCCUCCCCGUCUACUUCCAGGCCGUCCUCGGCGCCAGCAGCACCCAGUCGGGCGUCUGGCUCCUGCCCACCGUGCUAGUCGAGGUGCCCCUCAGCGUCGUCGGCGGCAUCAUCGUCAGCAAGACGGGCCGCUACCGACCUCUGCACUUCAUCGCCUUCGCCUUCAUGCUCCUCGGCUUCGGGCUCUUCGCCCGCUUCGACCGCCACACCUCGACGGCCGAGUGGGUUGUGGUGCAGAUCAUCCCAGCCAUCGGCGUCGGCUUCAUGAUGUCGACCAACCUCCCCGCCGUCCAGGCCGACCUGCCCGAGAGGGACGUCGCCGCCGCCACGGCCGCCUUCGCCUUCAUGCGCGCCUACGGCUCCAUCUGGGGCGUCGCCAUCCCCGCCGCCAUCUUCAACGCCCGUUUCGCCGCCGAGGCCCACCGCAUCGCUGACGACUCGGUCCGGGGCCUGCUCAGCAACGGCCGCGCCUACAGCUUCGUCACGGCCAAGCUGCUCGACGGCUUCGCCCCCGCCACGCGUGACCAGGUCGUCGAGGUCUUCACCCUCGCACUCAGGACGACGUGGCUCGUCAGCAUCGCCUUCUCCGCCCUCGCCUUCCUGCUCGUUUUCGUCGAGAAGGAGAUCGUACUGCGCACCGAGCUCGAGACCGAGUUUGGUCUGCAGCAGGACGACAAGAAGAAGCCCGAUGUCGAGGAUGGGGCCAACAAGAGGAAAACGGCCGAGAACGGCGAGCUGGUCGGCAAGCGCGAGAAGCCCGUGAGCGGCGAGUCCGAGUGAGGGGGCUCUUGCCGAUCGGCAAGCUGCCCGGACAGGGACUUGGGGACUCGAAAAGAUAUUGAUUUGCCCCCAUAGAACGGACGGUGCACUUGGCCCCGCCCCACAUAGAGAGAUGGGGGGCCUUGGUUGUAAUAGUAGGACGGGACAUGGUUGAAUCUGAACAUCCGCUCUGGAAGUAAUUACGGUGCCAGGAGUACACGGGAAAGAUUUGUACUGUACCAUUAAUGACCGAUGCUCGAAGGCAUGCCAUAACCUGGCAAUUAUUUCCCAUGAGACCCCAGGGUGCGCUUGGAAUCACCGAAAUAUCGGCAACGGAGGGCAGCAGAAGGGUAAUCUGCGUAUAAUGUUCAUAAAAAAUGCCAGACGGAUGCACGAGUCUGUGUGUUUAGG